GAGCAAGCAAGCUUGCUGGAGCUCGGACCAAUUUGGAUGGAAAUUCAACGACGCCAGUGAAUGGCUCAGCUAUUCGAGGAUAUGGAUUGACAAGCUUCAACAGGCUCUAGAUAUUUCCAAUCUCACCAAGAAAAGAACCUCGAUAGGUACCUGUCCAAGGCUGCAAACCAAUCCCUUGCAGCCAGAGGGCCUCGACUAUAUUCAGCACACGCCUAGAGCCGGCAAUGCCGUGCCAAAUAUAGACCCUCUACCAGGACUCUUCUUUGACUAAGCUACAGCACAUACCCAAUGGCGCCGAGAAUCCAUUCGAGAUAGUACUCGGAUCCCAGUUUGAAAACCCGCACGAUGCGAUCCCAUCUGGCUCGCAAUGCCUGCCGCGCGAGCCAGAGAUCCCCGGCCUCCAGGCAGCUGCUUACUUCGAUAACCGCUCCGCCGUCUUCUUCCCUCCUUUGCUCACGAGACUUACAUCACCCUCGGCGACAGCCACACAUCUGCGAUCGCCUAACCCAAGACUUAGCUGGGCGCUAUGGCAAGAGGUCAUUCUUCGGUCCCUUUAAGAAGCCGCCGCGGGAGGUCCAACCCCCGCAAAUGGUACCCGGCUAUGGCGUGCUGCUCGAUUUCACGGCCAACGAGCAGGAUAACGUCCGUUUGCCAGCUGUGGAGGUGAUUCAGAAAGCUGUCACGGAUCUUUUCAGCAGUCCGAUCAUUAGACAAACGGGUUUGAACUCGACACAAGCCCGAUGUGCAUUGCGAGCCAUGCUGUAUCUGCGAGACAAUUCUGGCUUAGCGAAUACCUCGGACAAACUGGGACUUUCGGCUUCUUGCCUUAGAAAGAUACUGCGAGCUGCCCAGAAAAAGCGACCGCAGGACGAUGGGCAAGAUUAUAUGGAGCUAGCAAAGCUUGCCUUCGAUGGGCUUCGGCCGUCAUUAAAAGACGAAGAAGCAUUAAACUGGUGGACGGAGUACCUCGUGGCCAUAUUCAAUACUGGUGGCAGUACCCACGCUCUUGAAGAGCUGAAGACAUGGCUAGAUAGCCAACCGCCAAUCCUUAGCGAGGCCGCCAAAGAGCUGUUGGUAUUGAUGUUUCGCAAGUUUUCACAGCAAGGGGAGCACCCAGCCCUGUCCGAAUUGCUGAAGAUUCUGCGGGCUCGUGGACUGAGCACGCACAAUUCUUUCAUCGAUUCAAUGGUGGCAUACCAUGCCUCGCUAGGUCAAGCAGACGAUGCCUUCCUCUGGCUUGGCAAGAUCCCUGGGACACCGUCCAGUAAUAGCUUGCUCGCACUUAUCAAGCUGGCCGAUCAACAGCCGAACCUAUCCAACACAGUGACAGGCAUUUUCCUCGAGCUCUGCGAUCAGAAAAGUCCCUUACCAGUAUCCAGCUGGUCUGCGGUGUUGCAGUGGGCCCUUUGCCAGCAAAACAUGGACUUUUCCAACUUGGAAACAUUUAUUCGAACCAAACUUGCCAAGAAUAAAAAACUGCAGCCCGAGGAACUCCUGCCCGGUAAUACGCUCGAUCACUUGUUGAUGGCAGCAAUGGACAGAAAGCAGUAUGUUCUGGCCGAGCGCAUCACGGAUUGGGCUCUGAAGCGCGUGAGAAGCGAACGAGGGCUUCCGUUCCGGGCCAAGGCGAUGCGGCUCGAGUGGCGACUGGCCGCCAACGAUCUCCCGGGGGCCCAUGAGGCAUAUCAAAGCAUCAUAACUGAAGAUUUGAGUGUUCUUGAUCUUGGACCCACCCAGCAAUCAGCCUUGAACAGAUACCUCCAGGUGCUAUGCUCACAAGAAGUGGCACAAAGCGCGAGGGUACUGCCGACGCUGUCGACCCUUGAGGAGCAUCGUGUCCAUCUUGAACCCGAAACGAUUGGAUAUGUUGCUAAAUACUUGCUCGAGAACGAUCUUGAAUAUGAGUUGAUUGACACGCUCUCGAUUCACGCUACAAAUUUUAGUAUUUCUGAAAGGACAAUCCUGAUCAACAAAAUGCUUGAAUUCUGCCUCGACAUUACCAGAAGUACGGCUCGUGCUUGGAAUACUUACACUCUUCUACGCCAGUACUUCCCCGACAUGAAGAGAGACCCUCGCGUGAGGAUGAUGCAUGCAUUCUUCGCACGGAAGAGGCCAGACAUGGCGGUUCUUGUAUUUGGCCACAUGCGAGCACAUGACAACCCCGAGAUGAAGCCGGACUUGGAUGUGUACGUGGCCGUGCUGGAGUGCUUGGGGCGGCACCCAGAUAUCGACAGUUUGAAGCUAGUCCACAACAUGUUCAAGAUGGAUACGACCAUUCAGCCGACCACGAGGCUAUACAAUGCCAUGAUGAUGGCUUACACCGGCUGCGGCGAGCCCUUCAAAAGUCUCGAGUUCUGGCGUGAGAUCAGCAACUCUCCUGAGGGCCCCACCUACGAGACCCUGACCCUAUUUUUCUGGACUUGCCAAAAGAUCGGACCCGGAGUUGAGAAGGCGAACGAGGUCUGGGAGAAACUCAUGCGGAUGAAUGUCGAGAUCCCCUCGGAGGUUUUCUCUGCUUACUGCGGCGCCAUGAGCAGCAAAGGCAAACUUGACACCGUGAAGCAGCUGCUACUAGGGAUGGAUGGAACGGUGGGGUACUAUCCCGACACUGCGACACUACGUAUAAUCUACGAUGGUCUGCCGAACCAGACGUUGCAAGACGAGUUCGAGAAGUUUGCUUUGCACCGGUUCCCAGACACAUGGAAUGAGUUGGUAACAGUGAUCCCGCGAAAGAAGAGCCGCGAACUCGUGCGCAGCAAAUUCAGGUACUCUAGGGUCCACGAUAUGAAGGCAUAAAUGGCUUAAAAAAAUCUUUUGUAACUCUUAUAUGUGACGAUAGAGCAUAUAUAGACGUGGGCGCGUCGGUUGGGAUCCUGUACAUAAUGUUUUAUAACGUGUUGAUAACAAGCAAUGUUGUACAAAAUGUAAAAUAUAAAAAAGAGAUAGAAGAUGACAUAGCUUGCUUCGAACAAGGUCGACCUGAUCUGAUCGUACAU